AUGGGUUUGUCCACAAAAUGCUUGUGUGGGCUUCUUCUGUUCAGCAUUGUCUUGCAUUUGAGUGCAACUGCACUUGGGGACAAGCUUGAGACGACUAGAUUUGGUGACAAUUGUGGCUUCGGGGGACGCUGGGGCUGUGGACGCCGCUUUGGUCGUGGACGUGGAGGCAUUGGUGCUGAUAGAGGGGGCGGUGGAGGUGGUAGUGGAGGUGGUGCUGGUGGUGGGUCUGGACAUGGUGGAGGCUUUGGAGCUGGAGGUGGUGUAGGUGGUGGUGGUGGUGGUGACGGUGGUGGGUCAGGGCAUGGUGGGGGCUUUGGUGCUGGAGGUGGUAUAGGUGGUGGGGCAGGACAUGGUGGUGGUUUUGGUGCUGGAGGUGGUGUAGGUGGUGGAGCAGGUACUGGUGGUGGUGCUGGAGGUGGAGGUGGAGGCGGUUCUGGUGGUGGUGGAGGUGGAGGUACCGGUGGUGGGUCAGGACAUGGUGGGGGCUUUGGUGCUGGAGGUGGUGUAGGUGGUGGAGCAGGUAGCGGUGGUGGUGCUGGAGGUGGAGGCGGCUCUGGUGGUGGUGGAAGUGGAGGUGACGAUGGUGGGUCAGGUCAUGGUGGAGGUGGUGCCGGUGGUGGUGCUGGAGGUGGGGUUGGUGGAGGUGCUGGUGCUGGAGGAGGCUCAGGUGGGGGUGUAGGUGGAGGUGGUGGAACUGGUGGAGGUACUGGACAGGGCGGUGGUCACGGGAUCGGUGGAGGGAUUGGAAUAGGAAUUGGGAUUGGUGUUGGAAUUGGAGUUGGAGGCGGUGGUGGUGGUGGUGGCGGCGCCGGUACUGGUACUGGUACUGGCGUUGGUGGUGGUGCUGGUGGAGGUCGGUAA